AUGCUGUCACCUUUUCAAUUUUACAUCAGAGAAAGCAAUUACUGUUGUCGGGUUUUGCCAAUCUUCUCGAUUCCAUUCUCACUUCACCCAGCGACGCCGUCAAUGGACAAUUCCACCGAUGUAAGUCCUGAAUUCGCUUCUAGAUUCUCCUGUUUCCAUUUUAGCCGUUUGCCUUGGAGCAACUUGGUUACAUCCAUUUAUUUUACAUCCCCGUGCUUUUCGCUAUCGUUCUGAACGUCUGGAUGCUCUGGGACUACGCCAAAUCUCCAGAGAAAAAUAUGGUCUUGUCAAAAAAUUUUGAGUGAGUAAGAUUUUUUGUAGGUAGCCAAAUUGAUGAUCGCACUUCUUGUAGCUGGGCUUCUUCUGCAAGCAAAAACGAUUUUUGUGAAGAUUGCGCACUUCCUUUUUUUCGGGUAGGCAAUAAUAAAGCUUCGAAAAAAAACUUCAAAGUACUUUUAUUUUCUAAAAAUUGGGGCAACGAGUCAAAUUUGAUAACUGCAGACAUGAAAAAGCUCGUUAUUUCUAUCUAACUUAUAUGCUCACCUACGGAAAUCCGAUCUUCACGAUGGGCCAGACGGCAUGCGCACUGAUUCACUCUUUCAACGCCUUCCAAGAAUAUAUAAGCGUUAUCAGCUCUGAAAAGGUUCUGAAAAAAUAUUGCAAAGGGCAACCGUAUGUUUUGAGUCGAAGUCUCUUGGCCGUCACAUCAAUCCAAUUUUAUUCGGCAUCGCUUUUGCGGCAUUUUCAACGAACUUUCUACGGUUCUUUGCACAUAAAGUGUCAGUUAAGACUUAUAAAUUAAGAAAAGAUAAGCUACGACUUGCAGACAUUAUUCAAACGGCGAAGUUCGGAGCGAGGAGUGGCUGAACAAGAACCGGUGAUUUGUUUGGCUUUUUCUUAUUUUUUUAAAUUUUCAAGAUUCUUGAAAGAAAAAUUCUCGGAUGGGAAAAAUUUAUGCCGAGUCCAAUCUUUCUUUUUUUUUUCUAAUAAUUUUUGGCAAUGGUUGAACAAAAAGCAGGCAAAAAAGCACGUGAGGUCAAAAAAAGAAAGCUAAACAUUUUUCCCUGCAAAUUCACUUUGAACUCAUGUCAAAAAAGAGGCUAUAAUUUUGAAGAAACUGUUCAUUAGGAAAAGUGUGAGUGAUGUAGUGUUGUAGCGGUUUUUUACAGGUUUAUUAACACCUAUGUCUACGGCUGGAUGAGCUUAUUCAUCAACGUUGUUUUCCCAUUAACUGUCGUCGUCGUUUUCAAAUGGCUGACAAAGAAAAAGCUUCUGGCCGACGAGAGGGACCGUCAGUGCAUGGGCGUUCCUCGAGGAGCUCGGGUCAGUCCAUUCGAACAGCCUCUCUGAUGGAUAAUGACCGCUGAGAGGCUCAAAAAGGUCGCAGAAAGGCAACAAAAACAGUACCAUUUCGAGGCUUCUAUUUUUUCUAUAUCUUCAAAGGCUCAAGAAAUGAUGUAAAAAGGGAGAAGCAGCAAAAAUGGUGCAAAACGGCCGAGAAAGUGGCGCAAAAAGGUAGAAAAAAGGAAACAUUUCUAUGGAGUCUUUCGACCCUUUCCGACUGUGCGUUUGACGUAGAUCAUUUUAAUCAGCGGUUUGAUGUUUUCUGAAAGCUGCAUGGAGUACUCUUUGAUGUAUUGUAAAAAUAUUUCGAGAGUCUGAUUCCGCAAAAAUUCCCGAAAAGAGUCCUGAAUGAGAUCUCAAGAUCUUCAUCGUGUUCUUCUAAAAGUUCUGGCCAAUUUUCAGAACUUAAAAUGGGGUGAAGUGAUUUUUCUUGGGACCUUACUCCGAGGAAAUGUUUUAAAAUUUCUUUUUCAGGCCUGAAAUUUCAUUGCAACUACAAUUUUCAGGAAAUCCUCACGAAAAGAACAAAGGAAUCAUUGUUGUACAUUCGAGGUGUUGUGAUUAUGUUUUUCAUUGGAACUUUGCUGUACGCUUUCGUGAAAGUGAUCUCGAUAGUCGACUCCGAUUUUUUGCGCAAAGUGAAAAACUGUCAGAUUAUGAAAGUACGAAGUUGAACUGUUGAAGAACAGUCCAAUCACGCGCUACUGCACGUUCUUCGGCGAUUGGUUCCUUCUGCUGCAAACUUCGACGCCUUUCAUAAUGAUCAACAUCCAUUGUUUCUUCUCGUCUCUUUAUCAGUUGGUGCUUGCAAAUUGA